AAUUAUGACAACAAUUAAAACUGUUGCAAUUAUAACAGGUGCCAGUUCGGGAAUUGGAAAAGCUACAGCUUUAUUAUUUGCUAAAAAUGGUUAUCGACUUUCUCUUUGUGGUCGAAACGAAGUUAAUUUAAAACAAGUUGUUGAUGAAUGUAUUGGGUUUGGGUUGUCUAAUGAACAGAUUGUGACGACUAUUGGAGAUGUUCGGGAAGAAAAAACUUUGGAUAAUAUAGUCAAACAAACUAAUGAUAAAUUUGGGCAAAUUGAUGUUUUAGUAAAUAAUGCUGGAAUAAUAGAUAGAGGAGGGGCUGAAACAACUCCUUUAUCUGUUUUGGAUGAUUUAAUGGAAGUUAAUGUUAAAAGUUUAAUUCGUUUAACUCAAUUAGCUGUGCCUUAUCUCGAAAAAACUAAAGGAAGUAUUGUUAACGGUUAUUUAUUUGUAAAUAAUAUAUUUUGUAAAAAUUCCUCUUUUAUAGUUAGCAGUAUUUCUGGAAUUUGUGCUUUCCCGGCUGUCACUUAUUAUUGUAUGUCUAAAGCUGCUGUAGACAAAUUUACUGAAUGUUUGGCUCAAGAAUUAGCACCAAAAGGGAUUCGAGUUAAUGCUGUGAAGUAA